AUGGGAUUGAGCACUAAACAAGCUGUCUCCUCCGGAGACCUUCCGGCUUUUGAUUGGCCGUCCGGGAAAGCUACUCCGCGGUCAGGUGCACCGGAGCUCCCUGAGCCCACGUCCAAGUGCCCGAGAUGCGGGUCAACCAACACCAAAUUUUGUUACUAUAAUAACUACAAUAAAUCUCAGCCUCGCCAUUUGUGCAAGUCAUGCAAGAGGCACUGGACUAAAGGCGGAACCCUCCGGAACGUUCCGGUUGGCGGCGGCCGGAAAAACAAACGGCCUAAGAUUUCCGGCGGGAAUAAGAAAAGCACGUCAACCGCUCUUUAUCAUACGCUCAUUGGAUCUCCUUUACUGCACGAAAAAUCGGAUACUAAUAAUAAUAAUAAUAAUAAUAAUAAUAAUAAUAAUAAUGGCGGGAACGUGAUUACUUGUUCUUCGGGUUUGAAUUCUCAGUUCCAGCUGUCGAGUUUGAGCGCUUUCGAAAUGGGUACGUCUUUGAAUCCCAUCUCUUAUUAUCGUGACUCGUUUAAUGUAUUUGGUGGCCCAUAUGAUCAAGGAAAUCUUGAUUUGAUUGAAGAAUCGAGUAUCACGAGUGUGGGUUAUAUGCCGAGCUCUAGCAAUGGGCCGUUGGAUUUGCCCGAUUAUUGGAAUUGGAAUGAGAUCGACGAUCAUUUCAAUAUAUCGUGGGGUGAUGGUGAGUAUGAGAUCAAACCCUAG